AUGGUUCGAAUUUGUGGUUCAAGCAAGAAAAAAGAUAGAAAACAAAGAAGAGAGAGAGGAAAGAAACGGAGAAAAAAAAACAAAAAUAAUGAUCGUGCCAGUAAAAGGCACGAUGACCCAUUAAGGGCAUUAAACCAGGUACCUAGAUUGUGCAGGAAUGUGAACGAGUCCACUGAUUUCUAUUAAGUUCUAGGAUUUGUAUUGAUUGAAAGACCACAAGCUUUUGAUUUUGACUAUGCAUGGCUUUUCAAUUAUGGGUGGUUAGUUGGGAUCCACUUAGUGGGGGCCAAAGAUGAAGAUAGAUUGCCUGAUGACAAGGAUUAUUUGGACCCCAUGGAUAAUCAUAUCUCCUUCCAGUGUGAGGAUAUGGAGGCAAUGGAGCAGAAGUAGCAGGAUUUCAACAUAAUGUACAUAGAAAGAACAGUUGGAGAUGAAGAAGGAGAAGCUAUUGAUCAGCUAUUUUUCAACGACUCGGAUGGAUUCAUGUUUGAAAUAUGCAAUUUUGAGACUGUGAAGCUUGUUCGUCAACGUUCAAUUGGCAGAAUUAAGCUUCCUUUUGAUCUUCACAACCCACCUUUAGAGUUGGAUAUGGAUGGGAUUAAAACUAGCAAUGUUGCUGUUGCCUGA